AUGAAUGAAGACCUGCCCAAGGAAUAUUUUGAACUAAUAAGGAAGGCUCUUAACGAGAAAGAGGCAGAAAAAGCGCCCCUGAGUAGAAGAAGAAGAGUCAGAAGGAAGAACCAGCCCCUACCAGAUGCCAAGAAGAAGUUUAAAACAGGGUUGAAUGAAUUGCCACGAGAAAGCGUUGUUACUGUAAACUUAGAUUCUUCAGAUGAUGGCGUCGUUACGGUACCGACGGAUGAUAGUGUAGAGGAAAUCCAGUCAUCUGAAGAAGAUUAUGAUUCGGAGGAAUUUGAAGACGUGACAGAUGGAAAUGAGGUGGCCGGUGUAGAAGAUAUAUCUGUUGAAAUUAAGCCCUCUAGUAAAAGGAAUAGUGAUGCUAGAAGGACAAGCCGCAACGUUUGUUCUAAUGAAGAACGGAAAAGGAGAAAAUAUUUCCACAUGUUGUAUCUAGUUUGCUUGAUGGUUCAUGGAUUUAUACGAAAUGAAUGGAUUAACAGCAAGCGCUUGUCUAGAAAACUGAGCAACUUAGUUCCUGAGAAAGUGUUUGAGCUACUGCAUCCUCAGAAAGAUGAGGAACUCCCACUUAGGAGUACUAGGAAAUUAUUAGAUGGGUUGAAGAAAUGCAUGGAGUUAUGGCAAAAACACUGGAAGAUCACUAAAAAAUAUGAUAAUGUGGGACUUUAUAUGAGAACCUGGAAAGAAAUUGAAAUGAGCGCCAAUAACAAAAGAAAAUUCAAGACGUUGAAAAGAUCUGACUUUUUAAGGGCCGUCAGUAAAGGUCACGGAGAUCCUGAUAUUUCAGUGCAAGGUUUCGUUGCGAUGCUCAGGGCUUGUAAUGUUAACGCACGACUUAUCAUGUCAUGUCAACCGCCAGAUUUUACCAAUAUGAAGAUUGACACUUCUUUGAAUGGAAACAAUGCGUACAAAGAUAUGGUCAAGUAUCCGAUUUUUUGGUGUGAAGUGUGGGACAAAUUCUCUAAGAAAUGGAUAACUGUUGACCCAGUAAAUCUCAAAACCAUUGAACAGGUCAGACUUCAUUCCAAGUUGGCACCGAAAGGCGUGGCGUGCUGCGAAAGAAAUAUGUUGAGGUACGUGAUUGCUUACGAUCGGAAGUAUGGCUGUAGAGAUGUAACUCGAAGAUAUGCCCAAUGGAUGAACUCUAAAGUAAGAAAAAGAAGAAUUACUAAAGAUGACUUUGGUGAGAAAUGGUUCAGAAAAGUGAUAACAGCACUUCACCAUAGAAAGAGAACCAAAAUUGAUGAUUACGAAGAUCAAUAUUUUUUUCAGAGAGAUGAAAGUGAAGGCAUACCAGAUUCGGUGCAGGAUUUGAAAAACCACCCAUAUUAUGUUUUAGAACAAGAUAUCAAACAGACUCAAAUUGUAAAGCCAGGAUGUAAAGAGUGUGGAUAUUUAAAAGUACAUGGAAAAGUUGGGAAGGUUUUGAAAGUUUAUGCAAAAAGAGAUAUUGCGGAUUUGAAAAGUGCUAGACAAUGGUACAUGAACGGCCGAAUUUUAAAAACUGGUAGCAGGUGUAAAAAGGUGAUAAAGAGGACAGUUGGAAGGCCUAAGGGCGAAGCAGAAGAAGAAGAUGAAAGAUUAUAUAGCUUUGAAGACACAGAAUUAUACAUCCCUCCAUUAGCCAGUGCGAGCGGUGAAAUAACCAAGAAUACAUUUGGAAACAUCGAAGUUUUUGCACCAACGAUGAUACCUGGUAACUGUUGUUUGGUUGAGAAUCCUGUGGCAAUUAAAGCUGCUAGGUUUUUGGGGGUGGAAUUUGCACCUGCUGUAACUUCUUUUAAGUUUGAACGCGGCAGUACAGUUAAGCCAGUUUUAAGUGGCAUUGUUGUUGCAAAGUGGCUCAGAGAAGCUAUUGAAACCGCUAUUGAUGGAAUAGAGUUUAUUCAAGAGGAUGAUAAUAGGAAGGAACAUUUGCUUGGUGCUUUGGAGAGUUGGAAUACUUUACUGCUAAAACUGCGUAUUCGUAGCAAGCUGAACUCCACAUAUGGUAAAAUUGCCGAGGAAGAACCUAACGUUACGAAGGAACAGAAUAUUGCGGACAAUCACGAUAAUACGGAGACUUUUAUGGGAGGUGGGUUCCUACCAGGUAUAGCAAACCACGAAGCAAGGCCGUAUAGUGAACCUUCAGAGCCAGAAGAUAGUUUAGAUUAUGUUUCUGUUGACAAAGCGGAGGAAAGUGCUACAGACGACGAUGUCGGGGAGGAUUAUUCGGAUUUUAUGAAAGAACUAGAGAUGUCAGAGGAAUCAGACUGA